AUGUCACUGGUGUCUGACCAAGUACGCCGUCUGGAUGCCUAUCUGGAUCGGUUGCCGGUGAUAUCAGAAGCCGCAUCGGAUGAUGGUCGGUCUGAUGUAGAAGAGCGUGCAUUCGUCACUACUGAGGCGCUCACUUCUCCAAGGUUGGAUGAGUUGCUUCGGAUUGUUCAGUCCCUGAGUGCCACUUCUGCCUCCGAUUCUGUGCUUCCACUGCAUCGUGUCAAGGCUCUCCUCGCGCAGUCCGGGCUGCCAUCUUUGCAACCGCAUGGCAUCAACCAACUUGACCAAACAGAGCAACCAGUGGUCAAGAGUGCUUACGAGGAUGAGAUUGAAUGGCUGCUAGUAACCAAGGCCACCGUCCACAUAUACGGCGCCAUUCUCAACUCCCUGCUGGAUCAAAUCAUUCCACUCAACGACGAUAUUUGGUAUUGGUCGGAUGUGCUGAACUCGUACACCUACAGCAGUCUUUAUACUGUCCAGACGUCGCCAGUUCGGUUUUGGGCGUGGACCCUGGAAGUAUACAGCGCCAGCAAGAUGCGCUUGCAGUCCCUGUCCGUCAGAGACUCGCCCGUUGAAUUUGUCGACUCUACUGCCGCCGGCGUAUCGCAGCAAUGGCGUCAGUUUUAUGGCAUUGUGCGCGACACUAUUCGAGAGCGCUCCUUUGCCAACAUCCAACGGAAGGUCCUCUCACCCGUGGCGUUUUGUCGAUCGGAGGCUCGUCGAAAGCAAGCCCAUCUUCGCAAGCUGCGAGAAAUCACAGCCAGCGGACUUGGGGUGUUGAUGGACGAGGGGCUUCAGUUUGGUCAUGACGAUGACAAGGCAGACGUGCAUGACAGUCAUGAUCUCAAAGGCGUGGUUGAGCGCAGCGUUGCAUUGAUGGAUAUGGUUCUGAAGGAAGUCUGUACCCUGGACGUGAACAUUCAUGACUUUGAAGAUAAAGUCUUCGCCGGUGUGGAAGAAGACCCUGAGUUGUCCGUGCACUUGGAAGAGAGUGUCACGCUGGACCGCCCCGCUGUCUUGUCUCGUCGGCUCUUGCGCAUAAUAGACAAGACCCUUCCGGAUCAUUUCAACAACAUGCAGAGUCUGGCUAGGGAGAAUGGCCGACCGUCACAACUCAUCAGAUAUUGGCUUCCAACAGCGGUGGGGGUCUUGUCGUCUACUACCGUUUUGCGCAUCCUGAUCAACCGUCAAGACGAAAUCAUCAACUGGAUUACGAACCUUGGCGGUACAAUCCGGGAUUUUUGGUUCAACUGGGUUGUGCAGCCAACGACAAAGGUUAUCAGGACUAUCCGCCAUGACUCGACAAGUGACAUUGCUAUCAUGAGCCGAGAUAGUCUGAAAGCCGACCGCGAAAGUUUGGAACGAAUGGUGGUGGAUUUUGCCAAAGACAAGCCGCACUUUGCUUAUGAAGGGAAUUCCUCCAUAACGGAUAUUCAACUUGCCGAAAUUCGAAACAAGGUUGCCGAAGGGGAUGUGACUCCCGUGCUGAGGGCGUACGAGCAAGACCUUCGCAGCCCCUUUGUUGGCGCAGUGCGCGGCGACCUGGUCCGGUCGCUGCUGAUUCAAGUGCAAAAGACCAAGGUCGAUUUGGAAGUGGCCAUGACCGGCAUUGACUCUCUUCUGAAGAGCCAAGAGCUAGUGUUUGGCUUUGUGGGCUUGACGCCAGGAGUUUUGGUGUCAAUUGGUGUGCUUCAGUAUCUACGGGGCAUAUUUGGAGGACGAAGCGGCUUGCGACGAGACAAGAAGUCAGGCAGGGCUGUGCGAAUCCUGCGGAACAUCGACAGAAUAUUAUCGGAAGCCAGGCCGACAGAGAACAAUGUUUUAUCCUACAAGGACCACGGCUUGCUGCUAUGUGAAGUACACAUACUGCGCAGCUAUGCAAGGAACUUGAUGCCUCGGGAUGUUGAAAAGGAUUUUUUGGAAGAUCUUGACGAUCUGGCCAAUAUCAAGGGCAUACAAGUGCAGACCAAGGCAUUGGAGCGAAUCCGAUGGGCGUAUGCUAGGUGGCUCAAAUGA